ACAGGAUCAAAGAAACUGCAUGUUGCAGCUCAGUUCUUUAAGACAAAAGAUCAUGCCACUUGAGAUGAAGAUGAGCUGAUCCUGCUGCAGCGCUGACAGUGACGACACGCCGGAGCUCCGCGUCCGCGCAGGUGCAUCGGCAGCAGCCGGCCAUGGAGGUCGACGUAGGCUUGACCUCGGACACCUCGACGAUCCCCCUCCUCUGCUGCUUGCUCAUCACCCUCUUCGUCUCCCUCCUUUUCUUCCUUCGCCGCCGCCGUGGCCCCAGCGACGACUCACGGGUCAACGGCAAGGCUCGGCUCCCGCCACCGCCAGGCCCGCCGGCGCUGGUCUUCCUGGCCAAGUUCCCGGCGCUGCGGCGAUCCAUCUUCGACCUGGCCCCGCUGCUCCGGGACUUGCACGCGCGCCACGGGCCCGUCAUCUCCGUCCGCCUCUUCGGCACGCUCGUCUUCGUCGCCGACCGCCGCCUCGCGCACCGCGCCCUCGUCCGCGACGGCGCCACCUUCGCCGACCGCCCGCCGCUGCCGCUCGUCGACCCGGACCCGCUCUUCAGCGCCGGCGACAUCAACACCGCGCCCUACGGGCCCUACUGGCGCCUCGUCCGCCGCAACCUCGCCGCCGACGCGCUGCACCGCGCCCGCGUCGGCCUCUUCGCGCCGGCGCGGCGGCGGGCGUGCGGCUCGCUCGUCGCCGGCCUCCUCCGCGCCGCGCGCGGCCAAGGAGAUGGGUCGUCGACGACGGGCGGCGCCGUCACGGUCAGGCCGCUCCUGCGGCGCGCCAUGUUCGAGUUGCUCGUGUACAUGUGCUUCGGCGCGCGGCUCGGGCGGGGCGAGCUCGACGAGAUCGAGGCGCUGGAGCGGCACGUGCUCGCCUCCUUCACCGCCUUCCCGGUCUUCGCCUUCCUCCCGCCGCUUACCAAGAGGCUCCUCCGCAAGCGGUGGGCGGCGCACGUCGCCGUGCGCCGGAGGCUGGACGAGCUAUUUACCCCGCUGAUCCACGCCGCGCGCCGGCGCGGCGGCGACAAGGACCAUCCGCCGUGCUACGACGAGUCCCUCCUCGCGCUGCCGGUGGCCGACGAGGGCGACCGGCCGCUGACGGACGCCGAGAUGGUCAGCCUCUGCUCCGAGUUCCUCAACGCCGGGACGGACACGACGGUGACCCUGGUGGAGUGGAUCAUGGCCGAGCUGGUGAGCAACCCCGACGUCCAAGCCAAGGUGUACGAGGAGGUGACGACCGGAGGCAACCCCGAGCUCGACGCCGCCGGCAACGUCCGGGCGCCGCUUCUGUACCUGAGGGCCGUCGUGCUCGAGGGCCUGCGGCUGCACCCGCCGGCCCACUUCCUCAUCCCUCAUGGCGCGCGGAGCGACGCGGAGAUCGGCGGCUACACGGUGCCCAGAGGCGCGGAGGUGAACUUCCUCGUGGCGGAGAUCGGCCUGGACGAGGCGGUGUGGACGGCGGCGCGCGAGUUCCGGCCGGAGCGGUUCCUGGACGGCGGCAAGGGGCGCGGCGUGGACCUCACGGGGAGCAGGGAGAUCACGAUGAUGCCGUUCGGCGCCGGCAGGAGGAUGUGCCCCGGGUACGCGCUGGGCACGCACCACGCCGAGUACUUCGUGGCGAGGAGCGAGCUCCGGUGGCUGCCGGGGGCGGAGGGGGAGGCCGUCGACAUGGCGGAGACAGUGGAUUUCACCACCGUCAUGAAGCAUCCGCUCCGAGCUCGCAUCAUACCAAGAAAUCAAACCAAUACUUGCUCACUAGUAGAACAAAACUCUGCAGAAGAAAAUUUAUACAUACAUGUAUCGAUGGCAUGUUAUUUUCUUUUGAUCUUGUAAAUAAAAUGCAUUCGACAAAACACAAUGAAAUUUUAAUCAUCAUCUAAGAAAAAAAAACAACCAGCUGCUAUACCGCACAAGAGCAUCUUCAUGCAUUGAUGGCGUGAUCAUGAUCUAUACAUGUGCAGUACAAUCUACAAUGUCCAUCAAGAUAGCACAUUUCUGAUUUUGGUUUUGCUACUACACAACACACGUGCAAUCGAUGGCCAUGCCACAGCAAUCACAGUCCAAGCUACUCCGAUUUCCA